UGUACAUGUAAUAUAUAAUUAUAUGUUAGGCCUAGAUACUAAUAUAUGAACUGCUCCUUUUAAUACACUUGCCUUUUGCGGAAUUCAGUGCUCGUAUUUGAAACAUUUUAUUGUAUUUAUCAGCUCACAGGAACAAACAAUAUGAAAUAUGUCAGAUAAUUAUUAAUAACAGCGUGCUGCAUAGCGAAAAGUUGUUGACUCUGAAGCCGACAGCGCGUGUAUAAAAGUACCAGUGAAUCCUUGAGCCUUGCAUGCUGUGUAUGUGUACGUACUGGACUGGAGUUUAGGAUGUCUGCAUUAUAUUAGUUGUGAAUUAGCCGUUAAUGUGAUAUUGCAGUACUUUGUCCACUACACGAGUUGACGACUACUACCCACGUGGUAAUGCAGAUGCAAUUUUCCAGUAUUUUGCACAACUUUAGAGAAGGAUCUACGGAUAAUUGCAGAAGAUUUUGUUAGACAGAUAUCUAAUGGCCUCUACCUCGCCAACGAGAACAGCGGAAGCGAUCUACGCCUCCUUGUUGACCUCCUCUCCAUCUGACGUCACAGGUCAAUACCUUGUCGAUGAGGGUGUCACGGCCAACCUAACGGGUUUAGACGAUGGUAGCGGUAAUGGCACGACGAAUGGAAGGGACAUUGAGGCCCUGAAGCUUGCAAACCAAUGCGUGUUAAUGGUCACGCUGGGUCUAACUAUGGUCGGGAUGGGAGCCGCAAUCGAACCCAAAGAUUUCAAAAUAGUCCUUCGCCGACCAGUCGGUGUAGGUAUAGGCUUCGUCUGUCAGGUGAUUCUGAUGCCUUUGAUCGGAUUCAUCCUGGCUCUUGUUCUUCGGAUGGAACCGCCUCAUGCUCUAGGUGUACUCAUAGCAGCCUCAAGUCCAGGGGGAACAACCUCAAACCUCUUCACCUACUGGACGGAUGGUGACGUUUGUCUGAGCGUGGUGAUGACAACGAUCUCGACAGUGAUCACGCUGGGCUCGAUGCCCCUCAAUCUCUUCAUCUACGGUCGACGAUGGACGGAUAGAGGAGCUGUCAUCCCGUACAAGGACAUCAUCAUCGCACUCGUUGCGUUCAUUGGCCCCGUCGGUCUCGGCAUGCUGCUGAGAUGGAGGUCGAAGAAGUGGGGCAUCUUCGUCGGCAAGCCUCUGGGAGUCAUCGGUAUGCUCGGUAUCAUCACCAGCAUCAUCAUCACCGUGUUCAUCAACCCCAACAUCUGGGCGUCAUCGUGGAAACUCUACGUCGCCUCUCUCCUACACAUGUGGAUCGGCUGGUCACUCGGCUACACCCUCGCCAGACUUCUCCGACAACCGCACAAGCAGUCCCGUACCAUCGCCUUCGAGACGGGCCUCCAGCAGAUCGGUAUAGCGAUGACGCUGAUUUCGUUCUCGUAUAAGGACGACACGGAGCUAUUCCUUGGAGUCAUCGUCUAUCCGAUGUUCUUUGGACCGUUCAGUAUCAUCAGUUUUGGCUCGUGGACGUUAGCCUACAAGAUAUUCAGACAUUUCCGACCCGAAACGGAGAGCGAGGUCGGAGAUGACGUCGGAAGUGAUCAUGGAGAAGAUAAGGUGGUCGAGCUCCAAGGAAAUCGUGAUGAAGAGAAGAGUGAAAUGCAGAACCUAGAGCAACAAGAGACGAAACAACCUUUUCUCUAACCCUUGUAGUUCUGCUGUUGAGCCCUUUACUUACGAAGCGUCAUGGCGAUUACGAUAUUACCUGCGCUAAUCUAGACUACUACAUGCGCCAUUAAUAUCAACGCAGUGUCUGCACUUUUCAUGAAAUAUUCAUAUUUUUAUAUAUGAUACUCACACGGGCGGGCGACAAAGACUCCGCUUGACAGUACCUGACGGAGUCCUGCGUCAGGAAAAUGACGCCUGGUAAACAACAGCAUUGCGUUCUGUCUAACGCAGGCCCAUAGAGAUGUGGUGUUGAAACAGAUUGUAUUGAAAGGAGUAAGGAUCUUCUUUCUCUAUUGGUUGAAUUUUUGGAUGUGUCUCAGUGGAAUGGUUUCGACACUGUCUUGACUGAGGUUGCGAAGCCUGGUGUUCAAGCCCCGGCCCGGCACUAAUGUCUUUCGACAUAACACUGUAAUAACUACAUUCCUCACUUGAUGACUAGUAGAGAAAUGGGGACCUAUUAAAGAUGUGUGUGUGUGUGUGUGUGUGUGUGUGUGUGUGUGUGUGUGUGUGUUUGUAAUUGUGUUUUUACAGAAGUGUAUUAAUCAGAUAUGAUUAUUUACGUCUGGGGGCCGACCUUUAAACUUCACCAUCCGAAAGACGUGACUCAGUUUCGAACCUGCGUGCUCGGCUGAAUCUAAAGAUGAUGGCGAGCGCUGUUUUAAAGUAUCGUGGUGUGUGUGUGUGUGUGUGUCUCUCUCUCUCUCUCUCUCUCUCUCUCUAUCUCUCUCCAUCUCUCUAACUCUCACUCUCGAAUUCACCCUUUCUCUCUCUCUCUCUGUAUUUUUGUAAAUUAGCUACUGGCUAAAAUUGACGACUGGGCGUAGAUAUUUCGUACUCAUUAUGGCAGUCAUUAAACAGGGUAUAGAUGCAUCUUGAAGCUACCUCACUGAAUUCAUUCUAAACCUUGCGGUAGUUUAUCAUCUCGGAGUUCAGGAACGUACUUAGGUUUUUAGAUAUAAGUACUGAUAAGUGAGGAACGAUGUUGUAUAAUGAUGGCCCCGUCCUAUAAAGAGUUGCGAUUGUUUCGAAUCAAUGGCAACACGGAAUUGAUCGCAACACCUAUCUCUUAAGUACACAGUUGCGAUUAAUUUCAGGUUGCGAUUGAUUUGAAUCUAUCGCAACUCUGUCAAAUGCAGGGCUCUGAAUAGCUUUUGUAAUAUCAGACGGGUUAGACUGAAUACCAUAACAAUAUUCAUAAUUCUACUAUUAUUACAAAAAAACCUGGUUGGAAGGAAACAACUGUAGAUUAUCAUACAUGUAUUCUGUUAUCGAAUACAUCUACGAUUAUUUGAACUAUGCUGUCUUUGAGAUGUCCAUGUGCCUUGCAAAUAAUCACUUGAUUUUUUUUCUCUCACUCUAUCAUACUCACUAUUUGGUGCUAUAGUGGUUACAUCAUGUCGAAGGUUUAUCUGUCUUGUUUUGUUUUGUUUGGGUUUUGGGUGAUGCUAAUCUUUUUUGUAUGACUAUGCAACUUUCUAUAUUUUUUUGUCAGCUCAGAUACCUAUGGACGUAUAAAAGUACGCAUACCUUUUAUAACUUUUUCAUCUUUUUUCAUGUGCUUUGCAAAUAAUCAUGUAAUUCUUUUCUCUCACUCUGUCAUACUCGAUAUUUGGUGCUAUAGUGGUCACAUUAUGUCGAAGGUUUAUCAGUCCUUUUUUGUUUGGUUUUGGUUUUGGGUGAUGCGACUCAUUUUUUAUGACUAUGCAAUUUUCUAUUCUUUUUUUUUUCAGCUCAGAUACCAAUGGACGUAUAAAAGUAUGCUACCUCUUAUAUACACGAA